AUGUCGAUGAGCUCGGACAGUGCAGCGUCGACCUCGAUGCGGACGCCGUCUGCGGCGAGUGCGUCCGAGGACGGGUUGGUGACGGAGAGGGCGGUCAGGUUCGACCAGGAAUGCGUGCUCAUCCCGGAGCCUGCGUCGAAAUCGAGGAGACCGAGGCUCGUCAUGAAGUCAUAUUCGUUGCCGCUGUGGAACAGGAAAACCAGCUCGGGCUCGAGCGCUGUCUCGGACUCGGACAUCGAGUCUAACGAGGAAGGGCCUGUGCUCUUCAGGGUCACCGUUCCAAAAAUCAUCUCGAAGAAAUCUUCAUUCACGCGCGAUCGCGAGGAGGCACCACCCAGUCCGCUAUCACCGUGCCUCGUUCAUCGCGAGCCAGGCUCACCUAGGAGCCCGCGGCCUGUACGGCGCUGCUCUGUGCCCCUGUCUCCCCGCCCAGACCUUGUCACCAUCCCCCUCCGCGCGUGCUGCCCCGACUGCAUCCACACUACUGAGGAGAGCCUGAAAGAAGGCGCGGAAUGGAAGGAGCGGUUCACCCGGGGCGCGCGGCGGAGACGCAAUUCCAGCUGCUCAUCGGACGAAGGAUCUGGCGCGCGAUACGGGGAGAGCGUCAGGUCGUCUUUGGAGAGGCGUGUGCUCAGCGUGGAUGAGGUAGACAAGCGGCGGCGGUCGUCCGGAUCCGGCGAUGAACACGAUCACCACAGAGGGCGGGAAUGCAUCAUCAACCUGAAUGACGAAUCCCCGCACCUGUCGCGCAGCCCUGGCUCUCCCAACGAUCCCCCGUGUCUCGGAGUCAGCACUGUCGGCCUCAGUCCCUCGAUACCGCGCGCAUCGCCAAUCCCAGAAGAGGACGAGGACCAGCUCUUCCCCCUUCCCUCUCCGCGCCGGUCGCCCUCCGCAAGUCCCACAGGGUCCACCUCCUGUCUCACCACGAUGAAGGACGACGUCGACCCGACUGCACGGAGCCCCACGCGCGAGAGCUCAAGCGAGUCUAUCACCUGCGCGUCCCCGAAAUCCCCUGCGCCCUUCACGAGCAAGAAGUGCGAAAAGGGUUUCCUUGCUCCGGACCCCUCCCUCUGGCUACCCUCGCCCGCCGUCGAUUCGCCGACUACCCUUUCGUCCUCGCCGCCGGGUUCCCCAGGACUCACCGCCGACGUUGAUUCAACGCCACCGCAUCCACCGGCGUCGCAGCCCAUAUCCAUCCCCCCGUCGCUCUCCCGCCGCGAAGCCCCGCAGCCCAGCGAGUCGCCCAUCCUGGAAAACCCUGUGCCCUCCCGCCGAGAAGCAUCCACCUCUUCUGCGGUAUCCGCCACGUCAAUGGAGUCCGAGGGGGUGUCGCCGCGGAGCGCAUCCCCGGAGACGCGCAGGAGGCGGCGCUCGUCCCUGCAGCAGCUGCACAUGGCCAUACCGGGCCUCCUGCGCGCGAGCGCCGACGUGCUGCGGGGCGUCACUGCGAUCAGCGGCACGCCCAUGUCUACGUGACCCCCCUAUCCACCCAUCUUUUGUUGUCCAAAACAUACUUGCUCCUCGGAAUUUUGGGAUCAUACCCCGCUAUUUAUUCCGCCGCGCACCGUUGUUGUCCGUUAGUCCCGUCGCCGUCUCCGUCUGUGCAUAGUGAUAUCCUGUUGUGUAUAUUGUACAUCUUUGUCCUCGUCCACUAAUCUUUGUCUUGCUUCUUGGCCGGACCGGAGAAUGCACACACACCUUCGUUGCUUCGUUCGAGUUUAUUUUCUUCUUUUUUGGCGACAUCCUCAUGGUGUGCCCGGUUUUAGUCUACAGUCGACUCUGUCCUAACCCAUAACGGGUCGUGGAACC